GCGACAUAACGGGAAGAAGUGAGCAAGUAACGUUGCGCACGCGCCAGGUAUCCUAGGUAACGCGCAUUGGAAUCCAAUGAAUCGACUUGGCCUUCAACAAUCUCUGUCUUGACCUCUUUGACUUCCUCUGUCGCUUGCUCGGUGAUGGUCUUGGACAUUGGGCACCACGGAUGGAGUCUGGUAUGUAGGGUGCGCUGUUUUUAUGGUUUUGUGGUUGCUGCCAGGAAUGACGCACAAAGGCCGACACUCGAGCUGCCAUCGCGACAACACAGUGGAUAUUUCCCGGAUCAUAAGCAGUAGAGGCGUUGCAGAUGGCGCGGAGCGGUCUUCAAAUAGAGAUACGGAGUCUCUAUCGUGAAUGCAUGCGGGCAGUCAAUCGCAAACCAGCAGAAACGCAGCCACGGUGGUAUGCUUUCGUAAGGAGACAAUUUGACGAGCACAUGUCCAUCAGGAAGAAGGAUUUCGCGACACUCGAAUGUAAUAUCAUGUUCGCAUGGGCAAAAAGAAGCUUGAAAUGUACAACCAACCCAGCAUCAAGGAUAUUCAUCUAUGAGGACAAGUCGUUUGCGGACUGCUGUGGCAUGCAUUGACUGGGAUCUAGCAUCACGCAGUUGCCUCUCAGUCCGGGUCGAUUAUUCCCGGCUUAGCAUCAUGCAGGCCCAACUCAAGACUGAAAAAGCUUCUGAUGGAUAAGUCGCUUUCGGGCAGCUCUUCGUCUACCAAGCCUGCCUUACAAAGGUUCGCCGGCCAUACACAAGCAUGUCUGAAUAUGCCAUUCUUGUGGCUCCAAGUGAGUGUCAAUGCCGUAUGUUCUGCAGGCUCUGUUCCAGACAUCAAUUGACUGACAAAGACAUCAUGGAGUUCAUCUGUUGCACGACUACGAUGCUCAUUGUCUUCUCUGGCAGUCAAAAGUAGCCUAUACAGCCUCAAGUAGAGACAUGAUCCAUGCAAGUAGAUGCGUGUGCC